CUACCUUCCUUCUAUCAUGUAUCUCCCUUCAGAGAUUAUUAAAGAAGUAGGUAGUUACUUGACUUUAGCAGACAAAGGAUCGUGUAUACGUGUCUGCUAUGAUUGGUAUGGGCUUUUUUUAGAAUCAUUAUAUACCAAAGUCCAUGUUUCCACUCGACACCAGUUCAGAUUGUUUUAUCGUACUAUUCAAGCCUCUGCUCAUAUUGACGAUCCACUAGGAAUCCAUGUUAAAGAACUUACUUUCGAAUACAAAGACAACCCUCCUGUUGGUCUGACCCGCGACGAAUUUGAAAGCCUUCCAUCUUUAUUUCAGAAUCUGGAAUCACUCGAGUUCGAUCCUCGACUUUGGCACUAUAUGAGAUACUCUGAUAGAUUUAACGCAUUUAAACAUAUUCGACAUUUACCUACUUUUACUCGAACCAGUAUAUUUCAGCCACUCAUUACCCCUUCAUACGACAAUCAUUGUUGGGCAACACAACUCACCUAUCUUUCAUUGGACGGAUCAGUGUUGGAGUAUUUGAUCAACAAUAACCUCAUUAUAUCCAUAUGGACACGUAUUCCUAAACUUGAAGAGUUAAUUAUUCACGGCACAAACUAUACUUCAUUAAACGUGAAGAUGAUUAUGGCUUUGGGAGCACAAUUGCCUCGACUGAAACACCUUACGCUGGGCUGCGUCACAUUGCCACUUGAAGAAACAGACAUGAGUUCCACCACAACAUUCCCAUUGUUUACUUCAGCAGUAUCACUUCGACUUGAUGAUGUUCACCUAAAGAACUGGCGCAUGAUUACAUUUCUCAGUCUUGCAUUUUACCAUGUAGAAUCAUUGGAUUUUGAUAUGACAUUUGACUGGUUUUACAAUGAAAAUGUGACAAUUGAACUGUAUGAACAGAGUAUGGAUGCCUGUAUGGGAUUUGCACAACUAUGUAUCUUUUUAAAGAGAAUCAGGUUUAGAAGGAUCAGUACGUCUGUAUUUCCUUUUCCUUAUGACACUUUUUUUCAAGAGAUUGAAGAUAUUCAUGCAGAGAAAGUGAAGGUGGAAAUGACAGACUAUGCUUGGUGGUCGACUAUUGAUCCAGCAGCCUCAUUUAAAGCAGUGACAACACAAACAGGGCUAUUAGCUAAAGCAAACCUAAAGUGGUCAUGGUCUGGUAAAAAGACAGAUACAGGCUUAUUCAAGAGUCUUCAAUACUGCCCAAAUCUAACGGAGCUCGAAUUAGAGUGCGAUGUACCUUUAAAACACGGUUUAAGACUGGAUUUACUCUUAGAUCACUGUCAGCAACUGGGCACACUUUGUAUAUCCAACGCAUUUGUUACGACAUACAAGAAAAUUGAAAAAUCAAAUGAACGAAAAUACAGACUCAAAAACCUCAGGCUGAAAGAAGCGGUGCUGGGUGAUCAUCUAAUGGACUAUAUCGCACAGAGUUGUCCUAAUCUAGAUCAGCUAUGGAUCAAUCAGUGUGUGCAAGAAAAACCAAGAAGAUCGUCUUUUUUUGUCAUUCGUAUGCCAGAUCAUCGAUUUCAAUCUAUUCAGCUCAACGCACUCUAUCUAAAUCCGGGAGGGUCUGAACAAAAAGCGCAUGUCAACAUGACCAUUUUGUCAUUUUACGAAUCAACGAGAUACACCAACCAAAUCGAAAGACGAAGAAAAGCAGACGAGGAAGAAAGAAAAAAGAAGAAAGAUACAGUAUUACCAGCACCUGAAAUGUGGCGAUUUUAUCAUGUGCAUAAAUCAAAUUCAACAAAUGAAAAACACAACAAACAACUUAGAAGAUUAAGUACAGAAGAAGCAGCCAGGAUUGCUAACUUUGAAAUGACAGAUAAGAAAUGGAAAGCUGUCAAAAAUGCGCCAAAAAGAAAGCAAUAUAUUGAAAGACAGCUGUGGGAGAAGGACAUACAGUUUGGUGCAGUUCUUUUGCUUGUUAAAUCUGUGGAUAAGCUUGAAUUUAAUGAAUUAAAGGUUUAAUCAUUGAUUGUACAUUUAA